CGAUAACUCGACCUAUUCAAACGCUUCGGAGUUUCUCCAUGUUCAUACAAACUCGCGCCCAAGGAGAGCGUGGAAUGUGAUUGCAGCAGAAGGAAUGACCAAUAUACGAUUCCCCUGCACCAGAAGUCGCGAAGAUGGGAUCAUUGCGAAGAGUCAUAAGCGCUUGCCUGGACGAACGUCGAACCUUGUGAGUACGACAAACAUUACCAAAAUGGGACCCUGACAGUAGCACCGCCUUCCGAACCAAGUUGAACUUCAAGUCGAACAUUGAAUAUUGAACAUCCACCUACAGCCGGUGCCCGCCAUGCCUGUCCCUAUUCAACAAGAUACUUACCCCAGACUCACACCAGUAGACCUUUCUCAUUUCUGGGACUCCCGAGAAGAUCGCUAUCUUGCAUGGAGUGCAUUGGAUCCAUGGUUCAAGACUCAUGGGUAUACAUUGUACCCUCAGACUUCCCCUGCCGCUCUUCGACCUGAACCGUCAGCGGUAUACGAUCUCAGUAAUGAUGCUGUGGAAUAUCCUUACGCGUUUGCCCAUGAGAAGACUCCAUUUGGACGCGCGUUCUAUCCUGCGCUUGCAGUUUUUCCAGCUGUUAACAAACAUCAUCGAGACGUCGUCAUUAAGAUAGUCUCAAGUGACAGCCCUGAACUCGUUAUCUUCAAACAUCUCGUGUCAGAACCGCAACGCUCGGAUCCACUCAACUUGACCGUUCCCGUCCUCGAUAUCCUGAAAUAUGAUGACAACCACUCGUUUGUCGUUAUGCCUAGAUGGUCGACAGCGUCCAGUUUACGGGACAAUGGAUUCGACACGUUAAGGACUGUGUUUGAGUUCACGAAGUCUCUGCUCAAAGUGCUGUCAUUUCUUCACAAGAAUCUCAUCGCCUAUAGGGACUUCAAAUUAACCAAUAUAUUGAUCAAUUGCUAUCACCAGACGGAGGGAUUUUACGAUUUUCGACCUUUCUUUUCAUCUAGGCAAGCAAAAUUCGUGCUCUGUGACUUCGAUCUCUCUAUCAUGUUUCCUCCCGACACUCCUCCCGCCGCGCGGGUUUGCCCAGCCUCUGAGAGUGAUUGGGGUUCACCCUGGUACCAUCCACCUGAUACAGCGAAUGGAGAAGCCUUAUACGAUCCCUUCGCUUACGACGUAGCAUGCUUAGGUGGGCUACUAUGUGGAAUUAUUGGGUAUCUUACACCUCUGGCACCUCCACUCGCUCCUUUCCUGGACCGCAUGAUUACCCCGGAUAUACCCUCUCGAUAUACUGCUGCCGAGGCUCUAGAGGCAUUCACCGUUUUGAGUGGCAGCUACAGCUCGGAACAUCUCGAUCAGCCCAUCCCGCAACCUCCUUAUCGUUUCACAAAUGUUUCUUGGCAGACUCAGGACCGAUGGGCUGGACUGCCUAAGGCUUUCGUCGAGAAGCAUACACGCGUGCGACCUCCAGUCAGACCUAAACGCAAAAUCACAUUCUAUAAUGGGUCAUCCUGUUGGCUCGACUGGGAUGUUCCUUCGGAUGACGAGGGCAGUGACGAUGAUAACGAACAGUAGGCGGCUUGUACUCACGUUGAUACCCUAUUGGAUUCAUUCGGCAGUGUCGUACUUCACUUCGCUCUAAAAAGGCGGGACCGAUUCACCUAAUCUGUGCACUCUAUACCUACGAUAUGUCCCCUUAUUUCCCGGUCCGUUUCCGAGCAAUACGGACGGAGACCCACAUGCAUCAUACUCACAGCCAUUGUAAUGACAUCGGAAGCAGUACAGAGAAUUGAAAGGAGACGGAAGCUCAAAAAAUACUCUGUCUUGACCUGACUCGGUA